UAUUGUGAUUAGACAUUUGCUUGUCAUUAUUGCAACAGCAGACAACAGUCGACGUUAGAAAGUGAUGCUGACGAGUUGCAAGUGACCUUGUUCGUUAUGCCAUUAGUUUUAUAGAUUUGAAUUUGAAUUUGAAAUCAUGGUUUACAUAUCUUCAGGUGGGCAACUUGUCCAGAACGAUGGCGGUUGGUCAAUCCAGAAAGUUAAGAGAACAUUCUGGAAUUUCAUUGACGGAGUUCUUUUAUUCUUUCAAACUCUUGUAAGCCCUGGGUCUAACCGAAGAGGUAGUAGAUAUGUCACCCAGUAUGGCACACCAGGAGCAAGUGGUAGUGGCACCCAAAGACGUAUAGGUAGACCAGGAAAUGUCAGUGGAGUCGCUGCACCACCUUGUGGAACAGGAGGAGGAUGAGGUUAAAGUUGAGAUCAUGACUUACCAUCAUUGGUCUCUUUGAAUCUUUUCACAUGGCUAGAUUUGCUUCAUUUAUUGAGCAUAAUGAAAUGGUUGUGUUAAACCCUUCUUUUAGGGAGAACUUCCAUGGAUAUAAGUAAUGGCUGUGUGAAUAUUACAAAUACAUACAGAAUUUUUAUUUGUGAAA